AUGCACAACAGAGCAGUGAUCGGAGUAUGGGGGGUGCAGCACAGAGCAGUAAAUGGAAUUUGGGGGGUGCACAACAGAACAGUGAGCGGAGUACAGGGGGUGCAGCACAGAGUGGUGAGCGAGGUAUGGGGGGUGCAGCACAGAGCAGCGAGUGGAGAUGCAGCAUCUGGAAUAGCAGAGGAGGGAAAAAAGGUAAAGACGUUUGAUGACUUACCUGGCCCAUCUCUGCUCACUAACAUCUACUGGUUCUUCCUCCGGGGCUACCUGCUCUAUUCACAUGAACUACAGGACGUAUUCAAGAAGAAAUAUGGGCCUAUAUAUAAAUCCUCUAUUGGAAUGCUUAAAAUAGUCCAAAUAACAGAUGCGGAUCUCCUGGAGACGUUGCUGAGACAGGAGGGGAAGUACCCAAUGAGGGCAGACAAGCACCCCUGGAAAGAUUACCGGUACCUUAGGAACCUGUCCUGUGGUCCUCUAACCGAGGAGGGUCACCGCUGGUACACGCUGCGCACUGUGCUCAACAAGAGGAUGCUGAAGCCUGCAGAGGCCGCUCUGUACACCGGGGCCAUCAACGAGGUGGUGACCGACUUCCUGAGCUCACUGGAUGUCUUGAGGAAAGAUACGCCCUCAGGAGUCAUGGUGAAUGACAUCGCCAACGUCUUCUAUCGCUUCGCAUUUGAAGGAAUUUCAUACAUCUUAUUUGAGACCCGGAUUGGUUGUCUGGGAAAAGAAAUCCCCCCGGAGUCACAAGCAUUUAUUGAUUCUAUUGGAGCCAUGAUGAAAUACUCUGUAUAUAUGAUGGUUCUUCCAGCUUGGACCAAAAAAGUGCUGCCCUAUUACAGAUUAUACCUGGAGGUCUGGGACAACAUUUUUGAAUUUGGAAGCAAGAUGAUCGAUCAGAAGAUGGAGAACAUACAAGCUCGCUUGGACCGUGGGGAGGAGGUGCAGGGGGAGUACCUAACCUACCUGCUGUCCAGUGGAACACUGACCAAUAAGGAGGUGAACGGCAGUGUGGUAGAGCUGCUGUUGGCCGGAGUGGACACGACAUCCAACACCCUCUCCUGGGCACUGUACCACCUGGCCAGGGACCCAGUGAUCCAGGAAUCCCUUUAUCAGGAGGUGAGCGACAUUGUCCCGGGUGACGCUAUACCCACCGCCGAGGAUAUCGCCAAGAUGUCGCUGCUGAAAUCUGUGAUUAAGGAAACACUCCGGCUGUACCCAGUCGUACCUUCUAACACGAGAAUGAAUGCUGAAAAGGACAUAACCCUUGGGGGCUAUUGGUUUCCCAAAAAUACGCUGUUUGGGUUAAAUCACUACCAGAUCUCUCGUGACGAGAACAACUUUCCAGAGCCUAACAAAUUCCUCCCCCUGCGCUGGCUGCGAGAUAACAAGGUGAAGAAUAACCCCUUCAGCUCCAUCCCAUUUGGGUACGGUGUGCGAGCUUGUGUUGGCCGCAGGAUCGCAGAGCUGGAAAUGUAUCUCACGUUAUCACGGAUUAUUAAGAAGUAUGAGAUCAGACCCGACCCUCGAGGUGUAGAGGUUUCUGCUAUGGCCAGGGCUGUCCUGACCCCGAGCCGCCCCAUUAACCUCCAGUUUCUGAACAGAACUUCCUCCAAGUCACUCUGAACGUCGGUAAGAUCACAGAAGGAUGAUCUGCAUUUCAGGAAGAUGGCGGCACUUUUUCCAGUAACUGGCAUCAUGCUUCAAGCUUGAAGGAAUUUGAAAGAAGGUGCCGGAAUCCUAGAAUCUACACCGCAAACCUUCACCUGAAAACAUACUUUAGGCUGAUUUUUGUAAAUUACAUUUAGAGUGGACUGGUUGCUCAUACACUGCUGAGGCAGCCAUUUUUUUCCCCUGAA